ACCAUUUCUCUUGAACUAAUCGAAGUGUGCGGACGUGCAUCACAUUCGUUCGUCGUGGUUAGGUGUUCGGUCGGACGUACCAUCGGAACGAGCGUACGCCGUGUGGCCGUAUGCGGCUAGUUGCAUUUAGUUUGCGUCUUUUGUUGAGUUAGUGAAACGUUCCACACUUUAGUUGUAAGGUUGGUAGAAAGUGCCGAAUAGCAACGGCCACCGUUUGUAUUUACACCUUAUCGUCCCCGAACCAUCGUGUGUAAAGUGUUGGUUUCCCCGGCACACCGCCGUAGGAGAGUGAAACAAAGUGGAAAAUUGGCCGGUGCCAAAUUAAUAGCAACGGCAACAGUUUACAUACGGUCGUAAAGUGAACAGUAACCGCACAAAAACCGCAACCAGAAUCUCGCCGCUGCGCCGGAACCCUCGCCAUUCAUUGAUCGAGAAGCAAUCGAAAAUCCAUUCCAUCAAAGGCUGCUGGGUCGGCAAGUGCGCGAAAGAGAAACAGGAAACGAAUCCGAAAGACGCGCACGUGAAAGAGUUGGCCGACGACGACAUUCUUCGCUAUAAAUCGUACCUCCCGCGAGACAUACACAGAUAUCCCAACCACUUUGCCUUCACCCAGCUACCCUUAUUUUUCCCUGCGCGAAAAACGAACCGCCGCCAAGAGAGCAGCAGCAUACAGGCAAAAAAAGUGAGAGCGAGCGAGAGAGAGCCGGUUUCGCUCACAUUCGGAGAAAAUAUUUGCAAGGUGUACUUGGACGAAAAAAAAUCGGCAGUGAACCACCAACACACAAAGAACCAACCGCUAGCGGCAGCGACGGCGGCGGCGUCGUCGGUGAAUGUGUGUGUGUGUGUGUUUUUAGUUUUUUUUAAUCGAUCAGGAAGAUAAACCGCGAGACAAAACCAAACAUUCGGUCCGCAGAGGUAGACGCGACCGAGUAGCUGCAUUCCCUCUGUAUCAACAGUCGGCGCGUGUGUGUGUGUAGUGGUGCGCGAUUGUGUGCGUGUGGUGGUAAGCAAAACACCAUCAACGAAAGCGGCAGCAUUUUAAGGGUGAAAAGUUCGUGCACCUAGUGCCGGUGUCUUUCGAAUGCUUCUCGCCGAUAACAACCCCAUUUUGCGGAUGGUUCCGAGUUGAUGGGGAUGAUGACUGCUGAGCCCAUUUGCCUGACCGUUUGAUGUCGUGGUUUAGUGCCAUCCAUUCAACACCAGUACCAAGGGAAAAGAAAGCAUAGGAAUAAAAAGGAAAACCCCCAGUAAGAAAAUCCACCGUUUCCUUCUAACCGACAAUAUCCAGGUUUUGGACACGGAAGCUAUAAGGCGGUGUUGUACUGUCAACGCUGUUUUUUUUUUGUGUUCCAAGGAAGAAGGUCAUCCUUCUCCUGCAUAACGCGAAAUGGUCUAAUAUCACAGGCACAAAAAACGGAAAUGCGGUAUUGCAUGUGAUAUAUGACAGCCAGCCAGCCACCAGGAACACAGAUAUCCACAGGACGUGCCGCAGAUACCGUCGCGCGCAGUGCCUGGUAUUAGAAAACACCUCAGCAGGUGGAGAGAAAACCAAGGUGGGCCUAGUCCGGUGGGUUCGCUGAGGUGUGCUGUGGUGUCGCAGGAUAUGCGAGAAUCCCUGAUAUUCGUCUAAAAGGUGUGCAUGCUAUAUAACAGUGAAUAAUAGUGGCAAUUUUUGUGUUCAUUUAGUGUCCUCAAUUUAAAGCUGGCAUCUGGUGAUACUUCAAGUUGUUUCAUUUGUGUUGAUGGCUUACGUUUGAGGAAGCCACAAGUGUCGGUCCGUGUUGAGCGCGCGCGUGUCUGUGUGUGUGUGUGUGCGAGUGUUUGGUGUGCAGAUAGUUCGUAGCGCGAUUUUAUCGACGUGCGAAUUAACGUCCAGAUCAGAAUGCCUUCAACGAGGAGCAGUACGACGGUGGCACCAAGCCAGCGGCGGACGAUGAAGAAAAUAAUGGCCACCGGUCGUGUACCGGCCGGUACGGUCAUCAACUUGUUGCUUACGGUCGUGUGUCUGUCCGGUGCCUUAUCGGGAGUCGGUAUGGUCAGCGCCCUCCCGUCGGCAUCGUUUCCAUCCAACAGUAACGGAGUACCGAACAGUGCCUCGGCGGACGGCAUCGGCCAUCGGCGCACGUCCUGCGUUGCGGUCCACCCGAUCCUGAAGCAGCGCGGCGUUGACCCGAUUGACAUGCCAAUCGAUCCAAUUCCAGAUCUUUCCCUCCGACACUGCGAGGUGCCGCCCGGUGGUGGAACCUGCUGCACGCAGAUGACCGAGCACAAGCUCGCUCUGCACGCUAAAACGAUGCUCGAGCGCAACACCAAAGACAACAUCUCGAAGCUCUCGUCCGUCCUCGGCACCCGGGCCCAACGCUUCAACGAAUUCUUCGAAGAGUUGCUCGGUCAAUCAAAGCACGAGUUCCACGCCAUGUUCAAGCGCACGUAUGGUACGAUCUAUGAGCAAAACUCGUACGUCUUUGCCGAUCUGUUUGCUGAGCUGGAGCGUUACUACGCACACGGCAAGGUCGACCUGUCCGAAACGAUGGAUCACUUCUUCAACAUACUCUUUCAGAAGAUGUUUACCGUGCUGAACGCCCAGUACACUUUCGACAACAAAUACCUUGGCUGCGUUAGCGAGCACAUGAAGAACCUGAAGCCGUUCGGUGACGUGCCUGAUAAGCUGUCGGUGCAGAUCAAGCGUUCGUUCGUGGCAACGCGUACGUACGCGCAGGCUCUAGCAUCAGCCGCCGAUGCUGCCCGUAACAUGAUCAAUGUGCGACUUUCUGCCGAAUGUACGGCAGCACUUACCCGCAUGAGCACGUGCAACGUAUGCGCCGGCCAGACGAAGAAACCGUGCGAAGCGUACUGCGUGAACGUGAUGAAGGGAUGCUUCCCGAGCUACGAGGAGGUCAGCACCGAGUGGGACACGUUCGUCGCUAAGAUGGAGCGCAUUUCGGAGCGUCUGCUGGGCCCGUUCAACAUCGUCAUGGUAGUGCAACCGAUCGAUAUCAAGAUCUCGGAAGCGAUCAUGAACUUCCAGGAAAACGGUAAGGACAUUUCGGAUCGCAUUUUCCAAGGCUGCGGACAACCCGCGCUGGGUCGCAUGCGUCGAUCACUGGGCGAAAAAGCGGACACACUGUUCGAACAACCGGCGACAGUGAACGGAGUCAAACCACAGCCCCGGUUAAUUACAACGAUGGAGCAGCAACAAUUCCCGCUCGUGGAAGGCAUCACACGGCGCUCGAACGUGCUGAGCGAUCCAGAUGUUGCGUCCGAAAACGAUUCACAGUUCACGUUCGAGGACGAGGGUGUCGAGCAGCAGGAGGAAGAUGCCAGUGGCGCUGAAAAGCAUAUCACCAAACGAUCCGCCGGUAGUAAUGCAGGUGGCGGUGACUCUACUAGCCGCGAGCUCAAGUACGAACCCCUGCAGUUCUCCGACGGUGACGUACAGUUUACGAACAGCAACGGUCCACCGGUGAGUGGGCUGGCGGCGGCAGGUACGGGCUCCCAUCACGCACCAUCCGGCAGCAGCAACGUAGGCUCCAGCGGGAAUGGUGCCGGAGGGCGUGCCAACCGCCGCAAGCAUAAAGGUGGCCGGAAGCAGGCAAACGACCAGGACGAGCAGGACAAUCAGGAACCGAUGAUAGACCGUAUGGUGAAGGACAUUCGCCAGAAAGUGAGCAACUCGAAACGAUUCUGGUCCCAGCUGCCGUACAUGCUCUGCAACAAUGAGGACAGUGCGGAGCAACCGACGAGCGAAGCUAGCUGCUGGAACGGGACGGCAGUUGAUCGGUAUCAGCCGAAGAUUGUGACCGGAGAAACCGACAGCAAUCCCGAGUUCCCGAACCGGGUGUUUCAGUCGCGACAAAGUACGAUCGUACAGCAGCAACUCUUUAUUCUCCGUACAGCGAUCAGCCAUCUCAGCAAUGCGUACAUCGGUCACGACGUAGAGUGGAACGAUCAGGAGGAUGGCUACUAUGGUAGCGGAUCCGGACAGGGCAGCGGCAUCGAUUACGAGGAAUCGGCCGGCUCCGGCAUGGGUCUGUGGGAAAUCGAUGUGCGGAACGAGCGACGACCACCGCUACCGGGUUCAGUCGACCCGGCCGGCUCCCCGUCAGGUGGGAGCAGCAUCGACGAUCCGAGCAAUCCGAUCGGUGGCAAUCCGAUGAUAUUCCGCGAACCCGUUCACCCCAGCUUCGAUAACACGGACCCACGCUCCGGGGUGCCAACGGUUGUGGGUGGCAGUGGUGUGGCGGGUAGUGGCGGUGGUGCAGGCGGUACCAGCACUGCCGGCAGCUCGCACGCCGCACCUGAAAUGUCGAUCCAGCGUGCGCUGCUUCACUUCUUCCUGCCCAUCGUGAUGGCGUGGUUUGGCGGGCUGGUUACCGAUUUGCUGUGAUUUGUGAUCUAAGCCUUUUAUCGCCCGGGCUACCAGGCUGCUCCUAUCACAUCGAUUUCCGCAUCCGCGAGCGGCCAACGACAACCACCGGUUGUCCGUUCGUUCACCGGGUUUGCUGUGGCGUGACGGGGAUUCCGAGACCUACGCCUAUUGGGGGUCGCCUGGUUUUGAAUGUCUCUAUUGUACAUUAUGGCGUUUUGUACAUGUAUAUAGCCGUCUAAAUGUUAUAUUUAUUAUUACUUUACUACCAUUUUUUCGAAACAUUACCCCCGGUACGAUGCGCGCAACACUUCCAGCUAGCUUGUUCGGUAAAGAAUCAUUCAAUUUAGAGCGCGUGCGCGGCCCCGUCUACUUAACUCUCCUGCUGUUUCGACAGGCCGGGGCAAAUGCAUAUGGGUUCAAUGCGGCAUGCAAGAUACAGGGAAAGGAGGGAAUGUUAAUAGGGCAGUAGAUUUAUUUUGGCAAACCAGAAAAUCCUCUUUCCUUCCAUCAACCCGCGUGCAUCAUCAUUCCUCUUGCCUAGUGUGGCCUGUGUUGCAAAGCAACCAACCGUACACGAGCGAUGCGCAACUAACUGUCUCCCCAUCAGCAAUAUUAUGUAGGCGCCUCAGUGGCUUGGACUCACAGUCGCUGAAGCCUCAGUGAUUUCGCACCCCAUGAGCAAAGUGUGACGGUAUUACACCCGUUCACAAUUCUGGGCACAAAGCUAUUCCUCCGGGUCAAGAAGCCAAACACAGUCUUCGUCUUCUCUGUCUUUGGGCUUCUAGCUUCCCGUGGCUUGUGAUUUUACCCGUAAGCUGUCACAGUCCUGCGUAGGAUGGGAUUCGAACUCCGGUCCUGUUCGCGAUUCUGAUGUUUGACGCGCUCUCACCAACCACCAACCAACCAACCCCUAUGCAACGGCACAUAAUCCUGCUGCAAAAAAAAAAAGAAAACCGACCGGCAUCGGAUGAUCGAUCGAUUUCAUUACUAAUAUGCGUUUAGGCCUUAUAUACGUUUUCCCCCAGCUCUAGUCAAAUUAAAUAGUUUAAAUGUUCCCCGAUUGCCGGUUGCCGGUUUGCGCGGAUGCUUUCCGUGUGUUGCAAAACAAAAAGGGGGGAAGAAGGUUGAGUACGUUGGUGAACAAAUCAAAUGAAAAGAAAGUUUUAAUUCUGAUGAUGGAAAAGCCGUGUCCGUGCCGCUUUUUCUCGCACUGAUCGCUAAAGAAGGAUCACGGGCGAACAUGAUGUGCAUUUACACAGCCAGCCUCUGGCUGGGCCCAUAUGCUUACGAAAAAUGCUUCAAUGUGACUAGGUAGUAUCUAAUUAGUGUGUGUGCGUGUUUAUUUCCAUAUUCACUCUUAUCGUUUUCUGUGUACAUACGUAUCAUUAGAUAUACUUAAGCGUUGGUGAGCUUAGAUAGGGACUGAGUAAGGAAUAACAGCAAACAAACAUAUAUACAUACAUGGACGGUAUAAGCUAAUUGUGUUUAAGCUAGUGCGAACAAGUUCGAGAAUGACAUAUUUCUAUGAUAAGGAUGUGGGCGUAAUGUUGUGGGCGGUAAAAGAAAAAUGCGCGCAUGGAAAGUAAAGCACGAGGACAGUGUGUGCGCGAGUAGAGCAAUCGGCAAAGGUAUGCUAUUUAUCGUUGUGUAAUGUAUAAUAUCGCUUUCAUUUUUACACACUAUAUCACACACACUACCACACACACGGAAUCGCGCUCCAUUUGUAGAAUACACACACAGAAAGAAAAGCGCUCAAAUGCCAGAUUACACGUUCAGGUGUGUGAUCAACCAAUCAGUGGCGCUUUUACCACCGUAGCUGUGAUUCCAUUUUCCGGAAGCCGUGACAGGAUGGGGCGAACGCGAAUAUGCAUAUCGUGGGCAUUCGGGUGUACUACGGGACGGCGGAAUGUAUCGAGCCUACCGCUUUUUCUUCUUCUUCUUUCUUUUUUUUGUGGCAAUAUCAACCACACACACACACAACCAGAAGCACAAAACAGCAAGCAAACGGGGGAGAGGGGUUCUCAAUCUUGCAAUUUGAGAAUAAAAUUGCCAGCAAUAAUUACAUUUUCGCGCGGGCUGAUCGGACCCGAUCGAGCGGGAAGGUGAUAGUGAUAGUUGUACAUAGUAGUAGCCGAUAUAUAUAGAUACAUAGUGGUACGACCCAGCAAAACUCACCAGGUUGAGAAAGACUCCACUAGAGAAGCGUAACGGUCAAAAGCUGUGAAGGGACAAACACACACACACAAACAAUCAAUCAAGCACCAUCAUAGUUGGCGAGCAGUGAUUCGCUGCUGAUGUGUACAAUAAAUGUAUGAUAACUACGAGUAGUAACGGAACAAACCGAGAGCGCACGCGCGCACCUGUGUGGUUGCCUACGCGAUCGGCAUACUAGACUGUCCGAACCUAAUUGAGCCUUUUCCCAACAGUAUACCGGAAGUUUGCGUAAAUAAUGUGAAGCAAGGGACAGGAAAACAGAAAGGUAUCCGUGUACGGUAGGUGUAAGCAAGAAAUAUGAAUCAGGAAAGCAGUACGCGCAUUUAGUGUUUCUCCUCC